GCGGGAGGUGGUACAAGCGGCACCUGACCUACCGGGUGGUGAACUGGCCGUCCUACCUGCCGCAGCACGAGGUGCGCCUGGCCGUGAAAGCUGCCUUUGAGCUCUGGAGCAACGUGUCGUCACUGGUGUUUUGGGAGGCGCAGGAUGGCCCAGCUGACAUCCGCCUGACCUUCUUCCAUGGGGACCACAACGAUGGACUCAACAACGCCUUCGAUGGACCAGGAGGUGCCCUGGCUCACGCCUUCUUCCCGCGGCGCGGAGAAGCCCACUUCGACAGCGCCGAGCGCUGGUCCCUGCGCAGCGGCAAAGGACGCAACCUCUUUGUCGUGGUGGCACACGAGGUCGGCCACACGCUGGGGCUGGAGCACUCCCCCGUCAAGAGUGCCCUGAUGUCUCCCUACUACAAGAAGCUCGGCAAGGAUUUUGUCCUCAGCUGGGAUGACAUCUUGGCUAUCCAGAACUUGUACGGGAAGCCCUCCAAGGGCUUGGCCAUCCAGCUCCCAGGAAAAGUCUUCACUCACUUCCAGGACUGGAGCACGGACCUUUAUGGUGGGGACCGGCAGCAGAGGAGCCUCAGCGCCUAUUACUGCCACUCCUUCUUCGAUGCCAUAACUGCUG